AUGGUGGCGGGUGGCAGUGCGUCCGUGGUGUACGCCGACACAGUAGCAGAUUAUGGCAUGGGGAGCGAACUCGCGAAUUACGGUGAGUACUCUGGCGCCCCGUCGACCCAAGAGACCUUUGUGUAUGCGAAGACAUUGUUUUCGCUGAUGUUGAAGUACAAGCAUCCUGAGGGCAAGAUCUUGAUCAUCGGCGGCGGCAUCGCCAACUUCACUGACGUCGCGGCCACCUUCACAGGUCUCAUACAGGCGUUGCAGCACUACGCGGAUGACAUCAAGGAACACAACAUCCAGAUUUGGAUCCGCCGUGCUGGUCCGAACUACGUGGAGGGACUGCGCAAGGUCAAGGUGGCCAGCGAGAAGCUCGGCCUCGGCAUCAGGGUCUACGGCCCAGAGACGCACAUCACGGCCAUCAUCCCCAUGGCGCUCGGACUCGCGCCGGUGCAGGAAGAGCCCGAUCUGAGCGCGUCAUGCGGCCCUCCUGUGCGCAAGAUGGUUGAUAUGAAGGACAAGAAGUCCAACACACAGAAGCCAGCGCCACCUGCGUCGAAGCACACCAUUGUCACAGCUACAGCCGACACAACCUGCAUCGUAUACGGCAUGCAGAACCGAGCAGUCCAGGGCAUGCUUGACUUCGAUUACAUGUGUAAGCGUAAGAAGCCCUCUGUCUCCGCAAUGGUUUUCCCCUUCUCCGGAAACCACUACGUGAAAUUCUACUGGGGCACCGAGGAAAUAUUGAUGCCCGUGUACACGACAACAAAGGAGGCUUGCGAGAAGCACCCAGCCGUCUCUGUCUUCGUCAAUUUUGCGUCCUUCCGCUCGGUCUAUGAGACGUCCAUGGAGGCGAUGGAGUACCCAAGCGUCAAGACUGUUGCCAUCAUCGCCGAGGGUGUGCCGGAGCAGCAGAGCCUCUUGCUCAUCAAGGCGGCCGAGGCCAAGGGCAUCGGCAUGAUCGGCCCUGCCACGGUUGGCGGUAUCAAGCCUGGCUGCUUGCGCAUCGGCAACACGGGUGGCAUGCUGGAUAACAUUGUCAUGUCGCGUCUGUACCGCGCGGGCUCCAUCGCUUACGUCUCUAAGUCGGGAGGCAUGUCUAACGAGCUCAACAACAUGAUCUGCCGCUGCACCGACGGCGUGUACGAGGGCGUCGCCAUCGGCGGCGACAGGUACCCGGGCAGCCGCUUCCUGGACCACUUCCUGCGCUACCAGGACGACCCCGGCGCGAAGGCGCUCCUGCUCCUCGGCGAGGUUGGCGGCAUCGACGAGUACGACCUCAUCGAUGCGGUCAAGAGCGGCCGCAUCACCAAGCCGGUCAUCGCCUGGUGCGUGGGCACGUGCGCAUCCUGCUUCGCAACCGAGGUGCAGUUCGGCCACGCUGGCGCCCAGGCCCGCGGCGACACACAGACGGCGGCCGCCAAGAACCGGGCCAUGAGGGAGGCGGGCAUCUGCGUACCCGAUUCCUUCGACAAGCUGCCGGAGCUGAUCUCCCAGGUGUACACAGACCUUGUGCUGCAGGGCGUGAUCGUGGAGACGCCUGAGGGCGAGACCCCCCAGGUGCCCAUGGACUACACGUGGGCCAAGAAGCUGGGCAUGGUGCGCAAGCCGGCCAACUUCAUCUCCUCCAUUGCGGACGACCGCGGCGAGGAACUGAAGUACUGCGGCGUGACGAUCACCGAGGUCUUCGCCCAGGAGCUGGGCAUCGGCGGGGUUCUGUCGCUGCUGUGGUUUCGCCGCCAGCUGCCCCCGGCGUGCACCAAGUUCAUCGAGAUCGGCGCGCACAACACCAUCGUGACCGCGCGCGCGGGCAAGGACCUGGUGUCGGCUCUCUGCAGCGGCCUGCUCACCAUCGGCCCACGCUUUGGCGGGGCGCUUGACGACGCCGCGAAGAUGUUCAGCGAUGCCUACGACAGCGGCGUCACCCCGAAGGACUUCAUCGACAGGUGCAAGAAGAACAACCAGCUCGUCAUGGGCAUCGGGCACCGCAUCAAGUCCCUGGCCAACCCGGACAUGCGCGUGGUCCUGAUCAAGGAGUACGCGAAAAAGCAUUUCAAGUCGACCCCGAUCUUGGACUUCGCGCUGGCGGUGGAGCAGAUCACGACGCGGAAGCGCGCCAACCUCAUCCUGAACGUCGACGGCUGCAUUGCCGUCUCUUUCGUAGACAUGAUCAGGUCUUGUGGCGCCUUCUCGAGGGAGGAGUGCGACGAGCUGAUGAGCUUCGGCUGCCUGAAUGGACUGUUCGUGCUUGGCCGCUCCAUCGGCUUUAUCGGUCACUACUUGGACCAGCUGCGCUUGAAGCAGCCGCUGUACCGCCACCCGUGGGACGACAUCACGUACAUCCAGGAGCUCGCCGGCAGCAGCUGA